GAUUGGGUGUGUGCGUGACGUUUAGUUUGUUGCGGAUUAUUUGUCCUGUGUUUUCCUUUGUUUUUCCCCCUUAAAACAUGAUCCUUUUGGCCGCCGUGUGUCUCCUGACCGCGGUCUCGGCCCAACUCAGGGAUUUCCGGGACUUUCGUCCGGCUCCUGUCAACAUAAGCCAGUCGAACUGGUUCGAGACGCGCCCUGCCCCAAAUGCUUACAGCAACUUGGACGGAAUUCCACCAGAAGACUUGUGUCCUCAGCACUGGACAGCCUACAGGACCUCCUGCAUGCGCUUUAUCGGCAGCCCCAAGCGCUCGUGGCACGACGGCAAGAAGAUCUGCCAGGCGUACGGAGCAGAUUUGGUGCAUAUCGACAGUUUGGAGAAGCACAGCUUCAUCCUGCAGCAGCUCAUCAAGAAGGAUCAGCGCACGAACAGGUACUUCAUCUCGGCCAGACAGACGAGCCCGUCAACGUGGGUUAAUGAUGACAACACGGCCUUCGUGGCGCCUGAGGAUGGCCUUUCGCUGGAUCCGCAGGACUUGAGGACGCGCGAAUACCUGGAGACGAGUGGACAACUGGGACACUUGAGCUAUGCGCAGAUCGAGAGACUCCUGAACCCGAGAGAUCCUCUAGCGACAACGCACCAAAUCCCGCGUGAUCGCCUGGUUUACGGCUUCUCACCAUCCCAUGACCGCUGGAUGUUCAUCCCGGCGUAUGAUUUCGAGCAGAAUCUCUUCAUCUGCGAGUCUCGCGAGCUUUAUGGGACGCGUAAUGCCAACACACUGGCCGAGGACAGGCGCACGAUUGAGUACGGCGUGCAGGUGGUGGACGAGGAGCGCCUACCGCAGGGUCCGCACUUUGUGCUGCAACCCAGAGACACGACCUUCGACACGGGUAAGAGGAAGAUCGCCGACUGGGUGACGGUGGAGUGCCUGGCGGAGGGCUAUCCCGCGCCCACUUACACGUGGUUCAAGGAGGUGUACGAGAGCGACAGGUUGACCUUCAAGCCCGUGAGCGCGCUCACGGACAGGCGAAUCAUUACGGCCGGAGGCAGUCUGGUGAUCACGGCACCGGAGCAGAACAGAGAUCAAGGCACAUAUCACUGUGUGGCGGAGAACAAGUUUGGACGCAUCUUGUCCAACAGCAUCCAGCUGAACUUCGGCUACAUCAUGGAGUUCAAUCUAAAGCGAUCGCCCGAAAGUGGCGACAUGAACUGGGGCAAGUCGCUCUUCUGCGAUCCACCUCAGCACUAUCCCAACGUGAAGUACUACUGGUCGUUCAACUGGUUCCCCAACUUUGUCGAGGAGGAUGAGAGGAGGUUCGUCAGCUUCGACGGCGCGCUGUACUUCUCCGCGCUGGAGACCAACGACAGGGCUAACUACUCCUGCACAGUGCAGAGUCUGGUCAGCGACACUGGACGCAAUGGACCGUUCUUCCCGCUGCGCGUGAGACCGCAUCCCAAUUACCAGGAGCUGCUCUUCGCCAACACGUUCCCGAAGGUGUUCCCAGAAGCUCCGAUUGCCGGCCAGGAGGUGCGAAUGGAGUGCAUGGCCUUCGGCUAUCCCGUUCCAUCCUUUAACUGGACUCGUCGUGACGGGAAUCUGCCUCGGCAUUCCUAUCUGAUCAGCUAUGGACGCGUCCUGAUCCUCCCGAACGCCACAAUCAACGACAGCGGCGAGUAUGUGUGCACGGUGGGAAAUGAUCGCAAGAGCACGAGCAAGAGCAUCCGCAUCAAUAUCCAGAUGGCACCGAACUUCACCAUUCCGCUUGUCGACAAGAUCCGCGACCUGAACACCGACGUGUCCUUCGUGUGCGAAGCCUCCGCCAUCCCGGACGCCAAUUACACGUGGUAUAAGAAUGCAGAAUUGUUGGAGCAGCACAAACUGCCGAGGGACAAGUUCAUCAUCCAGGACAAUGUGCUGACUAUCAAAUUCCUGGAGCCAAGCAAGGAUGACGGCAUGUAUCAGUGUCGCGCCGAGAAUCAGAUCAAGGCAGUGUAUUCCUCGGCACAGCUGAGGGUUCUCUCGCUGAAGCCCACCUUCAAGAAGCGCCCACUCGAGGCGGAAAUCUACGCCAUUGCGUCCGGUAACACGACCAUCAUCUGCGAUCCCGAAGCGGCGCCACAGCCCACGUUCCAGUGGAAGAAGGACGGCAUCGUGAUUGGCAGUGGAGGACACAGGCGGAUUCUGCCUUUGGGAAAUCUGCUCAUCUCGCCGACGUCUCGCGACGAUGAGGGCGUCUACACUUGCGUCGCCUCGAAUGCCUACGGCACUGCUGAGAGCCAUGCGCGUCUCAUCGUGCUUCAGGAGUUGAGAUUCCACACCGCUUUGCCUGCCAGGCAGGUUCUGCAGGCCGGCGAAUUGCUCUUCCUGCAUUGUGACGUGAACGCUGACGCUCUGCUCGAUGUGACAUUCGAGUGGCGGCGUAAUGGGGCGCUUCUGCCGGAGAAUCUCAACGACAGACGCGUGCUAGUGGACAGGAAUCGUCUUGAGGUGCACAACACCUCAUUGCUGGAUUCUGGAGAAUACGAGUGCAUCGCCAUGGCGGCUCUCCAUCGUGUGACAUCGCGCACGGAAGUGAGCAUUCAAGGGCCUCCAGGGGCCCCAGGAGGAGUCAAGGUGAUCGACAUCAAGAAGACUUCCGCCGUUCUGGAGUGGAUCGACGGGCCUGACAACGGCCGUCCUGUGCUGUUCUACAACAUCUGGGCGCGCACCACGUGGAACAAGACGUGGGGCCCCAUUCCGCAGAGUGUGGAGGCGCGAGAAUUCGACCGCUACACAGGGCGCAAGAGGGCAGAAGUCAGAGGCUUGAAUCCGUGGUCAGGAUACGAGUUUCGCGUGCGUGCCGUGAAUGAUGUCGGCAUGGGCCCCAUGUCGCCACCUUCUCCGCUCUACAGCACGCUCAAUGAUGUGCCAUACGAGGCGCCGGCGAGAGUUGGAGGCGGCGGCGGAAAGAUUGGCGAUCUGGUCAUCACGUGGAAGCCUCUUCCGCCCAUUAAGCAGAACAGUCAAGGAAUUUACUACAAGAUCUCUUGGCGACUUCACGGCAAGGGCGGAGCCACGGAGUGGGCCACGAAGUUGAUUCACGAUUCAGAGACUGGUCGUGCUGUUGUGCCAACGCCUCUGGACAAUUACUACACGAAGUACGACGUGAAAGUGCAGGCGUUCAACGAUCAAGGUCCCGGGCCUGAGAGUCCUGUGGAGACAAUCUACUCAGCCGAGGACAUGCCUCAAGUGGCGCCGCAGCGAACAUACUCGCGCGGCUUCAAUUCCACUGCCAUCAACGUGACUUGGGCGCCGGUGGAGCUGACGCGCGAGAAGAUCAGAGGACGUCUCAUAGGGCACAGACUGAAGUACUGGAGGAGCGACAUUGCCGAGGAGAACGCCGUGUACUACCUCUCACGCACGACGCGUCCAUGGGCGCUGAUUGUCGGUCUGCAACCCGACACGUAUUACUACACCAAAGUGAUGGUGUACAACGCCGCCGGCGAAGGACCGGAGAGCGAGAGAUAUUUAGAGCGAACGUAUCGCAAGGCGCCGCAGAAGCCGCCGUCGAGUGUGAACUACAACGCCGUGAAUCCGUCCACAGUGCGCGUGACAUGGCGAUACGUGACGCCGAGUCAGGAGGAGGAGCCUAUAGAGGGCUACAAGGUGCGCGUGUGGGAGUCGGACCAGGACAUGGCCACUGCCAACGACACCAUUAUUCCCAUCGGGCGCAAGCUGGAGGCCUACAUAGACAAGCUGGCGCCCGGGAAGGCCUACAAGAUGCGUGUGCUGGCCUUCAGCAACGGUGGCGACGGCCGCAUGAGCAGUCCCACGCUCAAUUUCCAGAUGGGGCGCACGCGGAUGCGCAACGCGGCCUCCGCACAGGCGGCGCCCCUCGCCUUGGUCCUGUGCCUUGUUGUCGCCACCGUGUGGCGUCGCUGAGCCAU